AUGGGCAAGCUGUUUAACAUCUCGCUCGCGCUCUUCGCCUGUACGGGAUCAUUCCUGUUCGGCUACGACGCGGGCGUCAUGACCGAUGUUAUCGCCUCCCAGAACUUCCUCACGUUCUUCCACACCGACAAAGGCUCGCCGAUCAUCGGGGCCAUCAACUCGACCUUCAAUGGCGGCGCCGUGUUUGGCGCUCUGCAGGGCGGCCUCACGAUGGAUCGGUUUGGCCGGAAGAUCACUAUCCUGAUGGGCUCGCUUAUCUGUCUCGUGGGAGCCAUCUUGCAAUGCGCGGCGCAGAACCUGGCUAUGAUCCUCGUGGGGCGAAUCCUCACGGGGUGGGCUGUCGGGCUGCUCUCGAUGGCGGUGCCGGUGUACAAUUCCGAGUGCGCGGCGCCCAAGAUCCGGGGCUUGAUCGUCGGCCUUUCGCAGCAGAUGAUUGGCAUUGGAUUUAUCGUGUCAACAUGGGUCGGCUACGGCUCUGGUACAGCCCCGGACUCCAGCAGCAUCCAGUGGCGGCUCCCUCUCGCCUUCCAGUGCCUACCCUGUACCAUCCUCGCCGCGGGUAUCAUGUUCAUGCCUGAGUCGCCGCGACACCUCAUGGAGACGGAUCGCGAGGACGAAGCCCUCGGCGUCCUCCGCCGACUUCACUCCACCGGUGCCAAUGACAGCGAGGUUCUGCAGGAGUUCCACGAGAUCAAGACGACGAUUGCGGCCGAGAAGGCCAUUACCGUGCCGGGCUGGAGCAUCAUGUUCACGGUCCGGCAGUGGAGGACGAGGCUGCUGCAUGGGAUUGCCGUGCAGUGCUUCACGCAGUUUACGGGCAUCAAUGUCAUCGGAUACUACCAGACGACCAUGUACGACGCGCUCGGGAUCACGGGCAACCGGAACCUGCUCGUCGCUGGCAUCUACAACUGCGUGGGUCCACUGGCUAAUCUCAUCUUCAUCGUCUUCAUGAUCGACCGCAUCGGGCGCCGCAAGCCUCUGCUCUGGGGCACCGUCGGCAUCACCCUCGCGCUCAUCUGCGAAGCAGUAGUCAACUCUCAAAUCGACACCGCGCACCCCCAGAAGAGCCUCUCCAUCGCAGGCGUCUUCUUCCUGUUCUGCGUCACCAUCCUACACACAACAGUCUCCUGGGGCCCUAUCAGCUGGGUCUACAUGGCCGAAGUGAUGCCCAUGCCGAUCCGCGCCCGCGGCAACGCCUUCGCGACCGGCAUCGGCAACUGGCUCGUCUCGACUUUCUGGGCCCAGGUUGCGCCGACGGCCCUGCAGGAACUCACGUGGAAGUUCUACUUCCUGUUCGUCGCAUGGAACAUGCUCAUCACCUUCCCCGUUGUCUUCUUCAUCUUUAAGGAGACGAAGCAGGUCUCGCUCGAAGACAUCGACCUGCUCUUCGGCGAGCGCGCCCUCGGCACCCUGCCUGACGACCUGCGCAAGAGUGGUAGUGGUAUUACGGAGGUCGUUGGUGGAGCGUGA